GCGAGUCGACAGAGCGAGUGACAGGAAAGCAAAAUGGCGGAUGAAGAUGUUACGCUGAAUGGUAAACCUCUACAAUCGCUCCGUGUGGCAGACUUGAAAGCCGCUUUGGAGCAACGAUGCCUCCCUAAAAGCGGGGCGAAAAAUACACUCAUUAAGCGACUGAAAGGGGCUCUAAUGUUGGAGAAUCUUCAGAGGACCUCCACUCCCCAUAUUGGGCUCCAGCCGAACUCCCAGAUUGGGGAGGAGAUGAGCCAAAACAGUUUUAUAAAGCAGUACCUGGCUCAGCAGCAGGAGCUCCUCCGCCAGAGGCUGGAGAGAGAGGCCAGGGAGGCAGCCGAGGCCGACGAAAGCCCAGCGGGCCCCGAGGAGGAGGAGCACACAGAGGAGGGCAACGACAGCGAUUCCUAUAACCCUGACAAGCAUCGCCCCAUGCCCUCCCAGCCCCCACUGACCCGGGCUGAGGAAGAGGGUGGAGGAGGGCCAAUGAUGAUGGGGCACCAGGGCCAAGGAAUGAUGAUGGGGAAAGGCCAGGGGAUGAUGGGCCAAGGGAUGAUGUCUCGCAGACCAGACUUUGGCCCAGGCUCUGUGCCUCAGGAGUCUCCUGACGCCUCCGGAGGUCCUGGAUCCUGGAUGCAGCAGCGUCCCUCCCUCCAACAUGGCCUCCACCACGAGGAGCCCACCACCCCCUCCCCGCCCCGAGCUGUGGCCUCCCUCUCGGUGCGCGUCCUAGGGGACCCUGAGCGCCAGGGCCUGCCCCCAUCCAUGCCUCCCCGCGCCCAGACCCAGGAGAAGGAAGGCACCGCCCCGGCGGAUGACGACCGGCCUGCCCACUCUGUGCUCCACCUCAGCCGCUCCGCCCGGGCAGCAGCUGGCAGUAACCGUGUCCAGGACGACUGUGACGAUGAUGAUGACAGCAGUGAGGAGGAUGAAGAUGAGUGGGGACCUGCGGCGAGGAGAGGUGGCGGAAGAGGGUUAGCCCCUCCCCCUCAUCUCCAGCAGCCUUCCCCCAGCGUACCAGCGGCCCGAGAGAGAUCCAGACGCAAGCUCCAGCCUCCGCAACACAUCCCCCCUCAGCAGGUAGUACACCAGCCCCUGCAGCUCCGCCAGCCCACCCCGCCCCCUCCACCCCCAGAGCUCUCCUUCCCCCUUCCCGACACCCCCAAACAGAGCCCGCCCGACAUGGAUGAGGAUCCAGAAGGGGCUGGGGUGUCCGUCCGCCCCCCUCCAGGUGGUCUCCAGAGGCAGGACUCUGACUCCAGCUCCCGAUCCAGCAGCCCAGAGCCCCGAGCCAAGCGCCGACCCGGACCCCUCUCCUUGCUGGCCCGCAAGAUGGCGUCCGAGGGAGCUUACGGGAAGAGAGGCGAGGGUGCGCCGGCGGACAGCCAGACAGGUCCUCGAGGGGAGGCUUCCAGACCAGGACAUGGAGUUGGCAACAGCCCAGGAGCUGGAGCAGGACCGGGGGUUGAGGUGGUCAUGUUCCCUGGGGCUGCUAUCACCCACACAGGAGGCAGCAGCACAGGGCACACGGAAUUCGUCACUGUACCUGAGGUCCCUGCACCAGUGGAUAUGUUUGGAUCAGGAGCCCAGUCCCAUCCUCUCCCUCUGCUGUCUGUGACAGCUGUCCCCAGCAUAACCCUCACAACCGAGCCCCAGGGUCCAUCUGGAGAGACGGCACAGAAGAAGACAGAGAAAGAUACAAAGCAGGCGGAGGAAAAGGAGAGGAAGAUGAAGCAGGUGGUGAAGGAGGAGGAGAGUCACCAGCCGCCAUGGCAGCGUGGACGUGACUUGACGCUCCCAUCUGCAUCUUCACAGUUUGGGUCUGGGGGGUCAGAGGAGCCUGUGAUGGACCAGGGAGACACCCCGAAAAAGUCACCCUUCGGCAGGGACAAACCCCUCUCCUCCGCUUCCGGCUCAGCCAUGACGACCACCACCUCCCCACCUGCCAUCGCCCCCAAGAAGCCCCGCAUGUUCUCCGACACCUCCUCCGGCUCCAUGACCUCCCCUCCCAAACCUGUGCAGCAGGGGUCAGUGGUGGUGACCACCCCAGGGGAACUCCCUGAACCCCAUUGCAUAUCUGUGAGACCCCAGGUAGUCCUUGUCUCAGGGGCACAGCUGCACACAGACGACACCUUGGAGGUCACAGCACUGAACAAGGCGUCCGUGGAGAAGCCUGGAUGGAAAGCUGGAGGAGACAAUGAGGAGAAGGAGCGUGACAGAAUGGCGGAGAAGGAGCGUGCCAGCCAGGCGGAGAAGGAGCGUGCCAGCCAGGCGGAGAAGGAGCGUGCCAGCCAGGCGGAGAAGGAGCGUGCCUGCCAGGCGGAGAAGGAGCGUGCCUGCCAGGCGGAGAAGGAGCGUGCCUGCCAGGCGGAGAAGGAGCGUGCCAGCCAGGCGGAGAAGGAGCGUGCCAGCCAGGCGGAGAAGGAGCGUGCCAGCCAGGCGGAGAAGGAGCGUGCCAGCCAGGCGGAGAAGGAGCGUGCCAGCCAGGCGGAGAAGGAGCGUGCCAGCCAGGCGGAGAAGGAGCGUGCCAGCCAGGCGGAGAAGGAGCGUGCCAGCCAGGCGGAGAAGGAGCGUGCCAGCCAGGCGGAGAAGGAGCGUGCCUGCCAGGCGGAGAAGGAGCGUGCCUGCCAGGCGGAGAAGGAGCGUGCCUGCCAGGCGGAGAAGGAGCGUGCCAGCCAGGCGGAGAAGGAGCGUGCCAGCCUGGCGGAGAAGGAGCGUGCCAGCCUGGCGGAGAAGGAGCGUGCCAGCCUGGCGGAGAAGGAGCGUGCCAGCCUGGCGGAGAAGGAGCGUGCCAGCCUGGCGGAGAAGGAGCGUGCCAGCCAGGCGGAGAAGGAGCGUGCCAGCCAGGAGGGGACUUCUAAACCCGGGGAGACCAGGAGAAGGGGACCUGAAGAGACUGUUGAGGUUGAGCCCAUGGGACCUGUUCUACCCCCUUCUUACCCAGGUAAGGGAGAAGAUGAGAGGAAGGGGAAGGAAGAUGAGAGGGUGAGGAGGAAGGAAGAUGAGAGGAAGAAGGAAGCAGAGCGAGGCAGGCGUGGGGAGAGCGCGAGGCACAGGAGGUCAUCUCCCUCUAGUGGUGACGACUCUUCAUCCUCGGACUCUGGAUCCUCUUCGUCACAUUCCUCUGGCUCCACCUCCUCCCAGGACAAAAAAAAGAAGACUGGCACAGGAAAAGGAGGAGGGGAUGAAAAGAGAAGACUGUACAAAGGAGGAGAGAAGAAACAAUCUGCCAGGGAGGUAAAGCAGUCUUCCCUGUCAGAGCCAUCUGGCCCUAUGGAGGUGGAGAGGCCAGACCCAGGCCAGACCCAGCCCACCCCUGUCGGGGACCCACAGAACAGUGAGGGCUGCAUGGAGGAGAGCACCACUCCUAAAGCGUUCGCUGCACGCAAGAUCUCCUUGACCACAGGCAGUAAGACGUCUCCAGAGGGAGCAGCAGCAGCAGGGGGGGAGGCAGAGUCCGGGACCGCUGCUGGGAGGAAGAGGAGGUGGGGAUCCAGCACGGCCGUCAACGCCAAGAAACCAUCCAUCAGCAUCACCACAGACUCACUCAAGUCUCUGAUCCCAGACAUCAAGCCCAGUCAGGAUGCUGUGGUGGAUCUCCACCCCGAUGACAUCCAGUUGUCUGGGGACGAGGACACCACCAGGGAGGACCAGGGCCUGGACAAGGGCCUCAAGAUCAGACGCACUGUCACACAGGUGGUCCCAAGUGAAAACCAGGAGAAUGGCCAGGGAGAACAAGAUGAAGAUGAAGAGGAGGAGGAGGAGGAGAAGAAACAGGAGCAUGACAGAGAGAGGACACAGAAAGAGAAGAAGGACAGCUACUCAGAAGACACCAUGGAGUCUCAGUCCUCCGCUACGCACGACACCGAUGCUAAGAAAGUCACUCCCAGUGAUACGCUGGUGCGUCGCUCCAUCAGCCAGCAGAAGUCAGGUGUGUCUGUCACCAUCGACGACCCGGUUCGCACCGCCAAACAGCCCUCUCCGCCCAGAGGCAAAGUCUCCAACAUCGUCCACGUCUGUAACCUGGUGCGACCUUUCACCCUGGGGCAGCUGAAGGAGCUGCUGAACAGGACAGGCUCAGUGGUAGAGGAUGGCUUCUGGAUCGACAAGAUCAAGUCUCAUUGCUACGUCACUUACUCCAGCACAGAGGAGGCUGUGGCCACACGAGCUGCGCUCCAUGGGGUGAAGUGGCCCCAAAGCAACCCUAAGGUCCUCAGUGUGGACUUCUGUGAGCAGAACGAGCUGGACUUUCACAGAGGCCUACUGGCCGUGGAUCCCAGAGAGGAGCACCGCCCCCAGCCUGGUGUGGGUCCUGGAGGUCCCAAAGUCAGACCGGGCGUGCUGCCCCCCCUGAUGGACGGGCGCGGGGACCGCGGCGUGGUCGGAGGUGUGCGGGACCAGUGGGCGGAGAGAGAGAGGGAGAUGGAACGCCGGGAGAGGACCAGGGCGGAACGUGAGUGGGACCGGGACAAGGUUCGAGACUUCGGAGGCAAACCAGGAGAGGAGAGGGAGAGGGGGAGGAGAUCUCGCUCCCUGGAUAGAGAGAGAAGGCGGAAGGAGAGGGACGGCAGGGAGAAAAAGGCCGACAAAAAGGAUGAGCCUCCUGCCAAAUUACUAGACGACCUCUUCAAUAAGACCAAAGCAGCUCCCUGUAUAUACUGGCUCCCUCUCACUGAAGAACAGGCAAACCAGAGGGGAAAAGAACGGGAAGAGCGACAGAAAGAACGAGAGAGGAGGCGGAAAGAACAGCAGGAGGAGGAGGACAAGAAGCGAGAGGAGGAGAGAAAGGAGAGAAUUAAAAGCAGAGAGAAGGAGGGAGGAGCUGCGGUAAGCACUGGAAGUGUGAGUGUCCGGGGAUCUGAGGGAGAGAGGGAGCGUGGGAGGGAGAGAGAGGGAGAGAAGAGGAGGGACAGUGGUGGAUUCAGACCCAGAGGUCCUGAUACUAAACCCUCUGCUGGGUUCCGACGCUCCCGUAGCCGUAGCAACCCCCGUGACAAACGCCGUUGAGUUAUCAGUUUGACGGAGUGAGAGAGAUGGGGAGGAGGAAAAAAGGAUGGAUGCAGUCCCUCAUUCAACAUACAAUUGAAACACAGCAGAAAGAGAUUUCUAGUCCCCCUCCUUUACAUUAAAACCACUUCCAUAGUCUUCAGGUUAACAGGCUGUUCCUCUUCUGGCUAUCCUGUCCUUUGGGCCAGGGAGACUCCUAUUUAUAAAACCCCAAAUCCUCACUCAGUAAUGCUGUCUGUCUCUCACAUGACCAUAAAAAUCUACAUGUAUGGACUUUGGUCACAUGUUGAUAGUUUAGUGAACCGAAAAAUGUCUGCCUCCAAAAUGGCACCCUAUUUCCUAUAUGAUGGCCCCCGUCAAAAGUAGUGUACUAUAUAGGGAAUAGAUAUGGUGACAUUUUCGCUCUCCCUCUUCCUCCUAUAGCUGUCUCAUCUGUCUCAAGCUUCUCAUACGAAGCAGUCCAGAGGCCUAUUCUGAGCUCUGGAAAUUCUCAUGCAUUUUAACCAGAAAUGGAAAUAAAGGGUGGAGGUUUGCCUCGAGGCAGAGUCUUGUUCCACCAAUCUCUGCGGGCACACAGUAAUAAGACUCUUCCCUGUAAUAAUCCAUUUAAAAAUAGCAGCCCAGUUUACCAACCCCCAAAUGUGUUCUAGAAUCAAUUUUAGUAUUUCAAAAUCCAGUGAAGUUAUUUUUUCUACAACCGGUACCAAGGCCCUUUGUAGGGUCAUGUGAAGGUUAUUUUUUCUGCUUUGACGUUUUAUUAUGAUGAAUCAUGUAAAUCUCAGCCUUGGAUGGUUUUUGUGUGUUCUAGUGUGUGUGUGGUGGUGCUCUGCUCUCCCUCUCUCCACACACUAAGGUUAAAGUUGGUUAAUGUGUCAUUACACUGAAAGCAGCGUAUGUUUAAGAAAAUUAGGAAACUUAUCUUUUUGCCUUGUCAGAGGGGUAGGGACAUUUUUGUGUUGGGUGGGGGACUGAUUUCAUUUGCGCACACUUGGCAUGUAUACGGUUCUUUUUAGGUUGUUUGGGUAGGGGGGGUCCAAACGCACUGAGAGAGUCCGUGUGGCACGAUGUGAAACUGUCCCAACAUGUGAAACUAUCCCUUUCUUGCUCUCUUCCUUCUUAUUCACUCAGUGUACCCUCGACCCUCCCAGUUCUUUUUGUAAAUGAAUCAGACAUCGGAUGAGUUUAACUUAGAUUAUUACUGUUUUAAUAUUGUUUUUAAUUUGUUUGAAACGGAAUCUUAUUUGGCUCUUUUUUUUUCUCCUGUAAGUGCUGAAUGUACAAAGAAUUCAAAAUAAAUGUAAAAGUUUAAA